UUGACACUUGAGAUUCGCCGUCUGCCCUCUCCUCUCCUCCUCUAAAGCGGACGGGCAGAGGGCGGAGCCAGGCAGCGCCGUCUGGUCGCCGUCGCGGCCUCCUGCUCCUCCUCUGCCACCGCCCCCCAACGCGCCGAGGCCGAGGGCGGCGAGAGGGAGAGGCGGGAGGUCGGCCGUGGGGAGAUUCUUGAGCGGGGGUGGAGAGAGGCGGACCCGGGCCACGCCGUCGCGGUCUCCCACUCCGUCAGCGCAGCAUCUCACCGCACCGGGGCCAAGGGACGACAGAGGGAUCGAGGGGAGAGGUAGUCCGAGACGCCUCGCGAAGUUUCCAAAAUGGUGCACUGGGUUAGCGACAAUGAGGAUAGUGAUAAAUUUGAGUGGGAAAGUGAUGAGGAGGAGGCGGCCAGCUUCAACGCUGCUGGUGCCAGUUCUUCAGCUCUGGCCUCCAGGAAUAUUGAUGCUCCAGGCCCAUCCACAAGGGUUGCCAAUGGUAAUGGGAGGGCUGGGCCAUCUGCCUCUUCAGUUCAGAAAUAUGUGGAUAUGGGUUUCCCGGAGGAGAUGGUUAUGAAGGCCAUGAAGGAUAACGGGGAUAAUGGUGCAGAGUCAUUAGUUGAACUUCUUCUAACCUACCAGGAAAUAGGAAAUAAUCCCUCUGUGGAUAACGGUUCUGCUUCUGGCUGUGUCUCUCAAGCUGCUGAGGAUAGUGAUGCUGAUGAUAUUUUAGAAAACUGGGAUGAUGAGGAUGCUGGUGAGAGAAACAGGGGUCCUACCAUUGACGAAUCCGGUGAUGAGGAUUUCUUAAACGAGAUGUCACAGAAGGAUGAGAAAGUUGAUUCCUUAGUGAAAAUGGGGUUUCCGGAAGAUGAGGCCACCAUGGCUAUUACUAGAUGCGGGCAGGAUGCAUCUAUUUCUGUAUUGGUUGAUUCGAUCUAUGCUUCACAGACAGCAGGGGAUGGUUACUGUGGCAAUUCUUCUGACCAUGAGGACUUCUAUGGAGGCAGAAAGAAAGGAAGGCCCAUGGAAGGGAUCAAGAGAAAGAGGAAGAGGUUUGGAAGUCAAGCACAAGGAAGUAGAGGGCCCUUAGAUGGUAGUAAUGAUGAGCCGAUGCCUCUCCCAAAGCCGAUGGUUGGUUUUGGCUUGCCAAAUGGGUCAAGGUCCACAAACAGAUCUUUACCUGGACAGGCUAUUGGACCACCCUACUUCUAUUAUGAAAAUGUGGCACUUGCUCCAAAAGGCGUGUGGACAACUAUUUCAAGAUUCCUUUAUGAUAUUCAACCAGAAUUUGUGGACUCAAAGUUCUUCUGUGCCGCUGCCAGGAAGAGAGGCUACAUACAUAACCUGCCUCUUGUGAACAGGUCAACUCUACUUCCCUUACCCCCAAAGACAAUAUCUGAGGCCUUCCCUCGUACCAAGAAGUGGUGGCCCUCGUGGGACCCAAGACGGCAAUUUAAUUGCCUUCAGACUUGUGUGGCUAGUGCUAAGUUGACAGAGAGGAUUCGUGUGGCCCUAACAAACAGUGAAGAUCCACCUCCCCAAAGAGUUCAAAAGUACGUACUUGAUGAAUGCAGAAAAUGGAAUUUGGUAUGGGUUGGUCUCAACAAGGUUGCUCCUCUAGAGCCGGAUGAGAUGGAGUUCCUACUUGGCUUCCCAAAGGAUCACACGAGAGGAAUCAGCAGGACAGAGAGAUAUAGGUCCCUUGGGAAUUCUUUCCAAGUGGACACUGUUGCAUAUCACCUCUCGGUACUCAAGGACAUGUUUCCACAUGGUAUGAAUGUGCUGUCCUUGUUCUCUGGUAUUGGAGGAGCCGAGGUUGCUCUCCAUAGACUUGGUAUUCGCAUGAACAAUGUGAUUUCAGUCGAGAAAUCCGAGGUGAACAGGACCAUUCUAAAGAGCUGGUGGGAUCAGACGCAAACAGGCACACUCAUUGAGAUUAGUGAUGUGCAGACAUUAACUUCGGAGAAAAUUGAAUCAUAUAUUAGAAGAAUUGGUGGGUUUGAUCUGGUAAUUGGGGGUAGUCCAUGCAACAAUCUGGCUGGGAGCAACCGUCACCACAGAGAUGGUUUGGAGGGCGAACAUUCAGCUUUGUUCUACCAUUAUUUUAGGAUUCUUGACUCCGUGAAGUCAACUAUGGAGCGACUGUAGUAUUUAGUGUAUCUUUGUUGUCUUGUUUCAGAAUUCUAGUAUUUUUCUUUUUGUCGAACUAGUGAAUGAUACGAAGGUUGACUGGUGUAAUUUUCAUGUCAUUAUAAUUUAAACUACUUUUAAUUGCCUUAGGUGAUGAAUGCAAAAUAUCGUCAUAUUGGCA